AUGGCAAGUACAAUGAUGGUAAACGGACAUGUUGCAAUACCUGGACCACCCGUUGACACUGAUCUAAGUCCCCCACCUCCUCCCUCAGACCUGGCUCCUCCGCCGCCGCCGACAGAAGAUGUCGCGCCCCCUCCACCAUCAGAUCUGCCGCCUCCACCCCCAGUUGAAACUACGGAGGAAGACACAAGCCUCAAUCUAGGCCCACCAAAGAAAGUCAAGAAAGGAUGGGGCUCGAAGCCCAAGUCGCAACCAUUAAGCGUUGAGGAACUGGUAAAAGCAAAGCGCGAGGCUGAUGCUGCUGCCGCGAAGCCGAAAUUCCUGUCGAAAGCUCAACGUGAAAAGCUGGCUCUCGAAAAGAGGCAGCAGGAGGUAGAGCAGCAAAAGUCUGUCACCAAUGGCGUAACUAAUGGCCAUGCUCCUUCUGACUCGAGAAUGGAUAUAGAUGUCAAGGAGGAUAGAGCACCGGUACCUUCCGGUCCGCGAUCACAACGCAAUGGUGGUCCACCCACUGGUCCAAGUUCUAUGCGCUCAAGAGACGGUCCCAAUAGAGGUUACGAUAUGUCUCCUCCUCCUGCACCCAAGCCUAUAGCCUUCGGUACUUCAGAUUCUAAAGAGUCCCGAGGACAAAAGCGUAAGGUCGACGACGAAGACUCACAAGCAGAAUUACUGCGGAAAAGAUAUAUGGGUCAGGCUACAAACGUAUCCAAGUUCUCGGCACAGAAGAAACGAAACAGAACCACGGACAAGAAGUUUAACUUCGAGUGGAACACCGAGGAAGACACAACACCUGACUACGAUCCUCUCUACCGAACUCGUGCUGAUGUCGGGCUAGGCUUUGGACGAGGUCGUGUGGCGGGCUACGACGAUACAAAAGCUGAGGAAGCAGCCAAGAAGUAUGCCGCUGCAAUUGCUGCUCGUGACAAGGAGGCUGGCAAUACUCGCGCACAGGAGAUUCUAGACAUGGAGCGACGCCGCAGAGAAGAAGGAAGCCGCACAGCCAUCGAUAAGCACUGGUCUGAAAAACGACUGGACCAGAUGCGCGAACGAGAUUGGCGUAUCUUCAAAGAGGACUUCAAUAUCGCAACCAAAGGUGGUGGUCUUCCGAACCCGAUGCGUAACUGGGCAGAGUCCGGCCUGCCAAAGCGUCUCCUCGAGCUUGUCGACCAGGUCGGUUACACAGAGCCUAGCGCGGUACAAAGAGCUGCCAUUCCUAUUGCCCUCCAAGCUCGAGAUCUCAUUGGUGUGGCUGUGACCGGUUCUGGUAAAACAGCCUCCUUCCUCCUGCCCCUCCUAGUCUACAUUGACGGUUUACCACGACUCGACGAGUUUGAAUGGCGCCGCAACGACGGGCCCUACGCCCUCAUCCUUGCCCCGACCCGUGAAUUAGCCCAACAAAUAGAGACCGAAGCCCGCAAAUUCGCCGGUCCGCUCGGCUACAACGUUGUUUCCAUUGUUGGUGGUCACUCAAUUGAAGAGCAAGCUUACAACCUGCGUAACGGUGCUGAGAUAGUGAUAGCCACUCCUGGUCGGUUGGUCGACUGUAUCGAGCGUCGCAUACUGGUCCUGUCACAAUGUUGCUAUGUCGUCAUGGAUGAAGCCGACCGCAUGAUCGACCUGGGCUUUGAGGAGCCUGUCAACAAGAUUCUCGAUGCCUUACCAGUUUCCAAUGAGAAGCCCGACACGGAAGAAGCAGAAGACGCUAAGACCAUGACCAUGCAGUUGGGUGGCUCUACCAGGUAUAGACAAACGAUGAUGUACAGUGCCACUAUGCCAGUCGCGGUCGAACGUAUAGCAAGGAAAUACCUCCGUCGCCCAGCUACAGUCACGAUCGGUAACGUAGGUGAAGCAGUUGACACAGUCGAGCAGAGAGUUGAGUUCGUCGGGGGUGAAGACAAGCGCAAGAAGCGCCUUGCAGAAGUUCUACGCAGCGGUGAAUUCAAGGCACCAAUCAUCGUCUUCGUCAACAUCAAGAGGAAUUGUGAUGCUGUCGCACGAGAUAUCAAGCACAUGGGCUUCAGCUCUGUUACGCUUCACGGUAGCAAGACGCAGGAACAGCGAGAAGCCGCACUGCUCUCUGUACGCAAUGGUCAAACAGACGUCCUUGUCGCUACCGAUCUUGCUGGUCGUGGUAUCGAUGUCGCCGACGUCAGUCUGGUCGUCAACUUCAACAUGGCCAAUAACAUCGAAAGCUAUACGCAUCGUAUCGGUCGUACAGGUCGUGCAGGCAAGAGUGGUGUCGCACUUACCUUCUUGGGGCCUGAAGAUAACGACGUACUCUACGACCUGAAGCAGAUGCUGAUGAAGAGUCCAUUGUCACGUGUACCCGAAGAGUUGAGAAAACACGAAGCUGCACAGCAGAAGAAGAGUACCUUGCCUGGUGGUUCAGCAGGGAAGAAGACCGCAAGCGAUGAGAGUGGUGGCUUUAGCAGCAAGGGAGCUCAGACCUGGAUGUCAUAG